AUCCUGUUGUCCUAUGACCUCUCUCUCCCAAUCUCUCUCAUCUCUCUCCCAUAAUUUAUUAAUUUGAUCCCCAUUCACUCACUCACUCACCAUCAAAUCCAUCCAUCUAUCUUUCUAUCCUUCUCCUCCAUCAAAGAGUAUAUUUCCAUCUUUUCUGUUCUCUCUGCAACAUCAAAUAAAAACAUUUUAAAACCACCUCUCUCUCUCUCUCUCGUUUCAUUAUAAUCCAACUUUUGGUCUUGUAGUAUCAUGGCUGAAGGCUUUGAUUCACAGUAUCAUGUCCCACAACAAAGCAGAAGAGAUAAGCUAAGAGUUGGGUGCAAUUUAGAUAACACCUCAUCUUCUCUGCUCCCACCUUUUUAUGAUCCUUCCAUCAUGACUUCCUCAGAUUUGCUCAACUUUCAACAUGGUGUCAAAGAAGAACGCAUGAAUCUCAUGGGCUACAUCUCUUCUUGCUCCUCAUCAAACUCUCACAAUCUUUACAUGGAUCCUCAGGCCUCUUUCCAUCUAAACCCUGCUCAUAUUCAAGAUUUAAACAACAAUACUAACCCUAAUAAUUUUUACCAGAACAACCAACUCAGAGUUCUUGAUCAGUCUUUUGCUGGGGUUUUACCAAGUGGGCAAGGCUUAUCUCUUUCACUCAAGUCUUCUCAGCAAACCCACCAAAACUCUGCCCCUUUGUCUCUCAAUCUGCAAAGAUCAUAUGAGCAGCAGGCUUAUGAUUUGUCCAGAAGUAGUGUCCCUUUAGGCCCAUUUACAGGCUAUGCUUUGAUUCUGAAAGGGUCAAGAUUCUUGAAGCCUGCCCAGCAAAUGCUGGAGGAGAUUUGUGAUGUGGAUAAGGGGAAUUUUCAGAAUGAAAAGUUUAGUGGUGAUGCAUGUUUGCUUGAUCCUAUUCCUCUAGAGACUAAUUUGAGCAGAGGUGAUGUUUCUGAUGAUGAUCCCAGGAGUUCUGUGGAACAAAGGAGUAAGAAGUCAAAGCUUCUGUGUAUGCUUGACGAGGUUUACAAGAGGUACAGACAAUACUACCAACAGAUGCAGGCAGUUGUGACAUCAUUUGAAUCUGUUGCUGGACUCAGCACUGCAGCUCCCUUCGCGAAUUUGGCUUUAAAGGCAAUGUCGAAACAUUUUCGCUACUUAAAGAAUGCAAUCACUGACCAGUUGCAGUUUACAAUAAAAUCUUACGGUCAAGUAAAUUAUGGAAAAGACGGAAUCCCAAGGGCUGAGAAUGCAGAUACCAGUAUCUACGGCCAAAAGCCAAUUCAAAACAUGGGAUUUAUAGAACAUCAGCCUGUUUGGCGACCCCAAAGGGGACUACCUGAGCGUGCAGUAACUGUGCUGAGAGCAUGGUUGUUUGAGCACUUCCUUCACCCGUACCCUACUGACACCGACAAAUUAAUGUUGGCCAAGCAGACCGGCCUUUCACGAAAUCAGGUAUCCAACUGGUUUAUCAACGCAAGAGUAAGAUUGUGGAAACCUAUGGUGGAAGAGAUUCAUAACCUGGAAACAAGGCAGAAACCUUCACAGCGGGAUGAACAAAGUGCUGAAAAGACUAACAACCAUCUGCAUGCAUCCGAUUCAGUCCCAUCUGAAAAUGCCUCGACAUCAACCCAAAGGGUUCACGAACUCCCCUCCAAACGCUCUAGAGACGAUUAUUCCAAUAAUAUCAUGACUGGUGAAGAGCCAAUGAAUUUGUUGUAUGGCAAUGCAUUGCGCCAUCAACAUGUAGGUGUUGGCAUAAACGGUCCAGUUGGAACUAGUGGUGUCUCCUUGACUCUUGGACUCCAGAACAAUGGAAUAGGAAUGUCAGAACCCUUUGCUAUGAAUGCAGCUCGUCGAUUCGGUAUAGAGGCAAGCAACGAGGGAUUCGUAAUGGGUACCUUUGAAACACAAAAUCGACAAUUUGGAAGAGACUACAUUGGUGGCCAGCUUUUGCAUGAUUUUGUUGGCUGAAAACAUGUAUUUCAAGAGUUGCAUUGGCAUCAUUCACGACCGAAUCAUGUACCAGGAUUCAUUCAGACACCACCUAGUCAAUCAUCUGAAUCCAAGCAGCAAGUCAUUUAAAGCCACUUUUAACUAUUGUGGUUUUAGAAGGUAGGUGCAUUGCAUUUCGACUCAGGAACCGGGUUGUCUUCGAACUUGAGGAUGUUUAUGAUGUUCAUGUUAAAGUCUUUUUGCGUUUGUAUGUGAUGUAAACUUGUAAGCUGCAGCUGGAUUCUUGUACUUGCAAAAGACCUUUUUUUUCGACUACUUGCAUGCAGUUGAGCACGUUUUAUUGUAUAAAUUUUAACCCUGUUUUUGUUGAUAUUUGAAAGACUAACUUCUCUGCUGA